AUGGUAGAGGACUUAGCAGGCUUCAAUAUUGCUCUGAAAUUGGAGAAUAAAAUUUUGCAGGCCCAAGUGCAGUGGCUGAUGGAAGAAAAUGUUGCCCCACAGGCCCAGAUCCCAGAGCUCCAGAUGCCCCAAGCAGCCAAGGAGGCUGAACCACUCCAGAAGCCCUCAAAGUCCCAGGAACCCCAGAAAUCCCUAGAAAACUUGGAUUUCCCAGAAGCCUGGGAGUGCCAAGAAUUCCCAGAAGUUGAGGGUCCCCAAAAUCUCAGAGAGCCCCAGGAGCUCCCAGCCUCGAAGACCCCAGCAGAGGCCUACAAGCCCCCAGAAGUUAAGAAGGCCCAGGAGCCCCCAGAUACCCAGGAUGUCCCAGUGACCCAGAAGACCCAAAAUUCAGAGCACCAGGAUCUCCCAUGUGCCCAGGAGACCCAGGAGGCAAUAGAAUGCCAGGAGACCCCAACAUACCUGGAGCCCCUUAAGCUUCCAACUCUCCAGGAGUCUCUGGAAACUGGAGUGCCCCACAAGCCUCUGGAUCCUUUAGAUGCCCAGGAGUUCCUAGAGCCCUCAGCACACCAGGAGUCCCUGGAGGGCCUAAUAGCUGCUUUGACAUCAGCAGCUUCAGAAUUCCCACAGUCCCCCAGUGGGUUAGAGGGUGAAGCUUUCUCCCUAGAAUACUGUUUAGCCUUCAGUGGAGAUGCACAGAAGUUUUCUGAGUUCCUGGUUCAAUUGAAUAGUUACAUGAGAGUCAGAGGGCAUCUGUAUCCCACUGAAGCAACCAUAGUGAGCUUUGUUGGCAACUGCUUCUCAGGUGAGGCAGGAAUGUGUUUUUAACCCUUACUAGAUACCCAAAGUGCCCUCCUGGAGCAAAUUGAAAGUUUCAUAGAAGUGCCCCAGGAUACUUUUGACAGUCCAGAAAACAUGGAACAUGCCAGUCACAGCAUCCAUCAGCCUUGCCAAGGGGAGGAUCCUGUCCACCAGUAUGUGACCCACUUCCAUCUUGCUCAAGAGCUAAACUGGAAUGAAAGCAUUCUCUACAUCCAAUUUCAGGAAGGGCUUGCCAGUUCUGUCCCAGAUGAUCUGUCUCACACAAACCCAGCAGCCGCCAACCUAUCUGAUCUGAUCACUCAGUGCCUAGAAGAGAAGCUAAGUGGUAAGCCUGAUCCAAAUCCACAAGGAGCAAGUCCUUCUGAGGAGAGAGCUGGGCCUGAGAGUUUACUAGCUGAAAACCAGCCUGUGCAGGCUGCAAGCAAUAGCCCACAUCUCAGUGAAGCUGAACAGGCCCACUGCUGGGAAAGCCACUUGUGCCUCUACUAUGGUCAUCCUGGUCAUUUUGCCAAAGACUGCUCUGUCAAGACUCAUUGUGCAAAGCAGGUGGGAAACAUCGAGGCCCAGCAGUAA